AAAAAACAUGCAAACACAAAUAACUGAAAAAGUGUAGUAGUAUUAAAACAGAGCUGCAAAAACUGUUAUUAAAAUCAUGCCACACCAAAAGUAGUCUUAUUUAGUAGAAUUUAUUACUACUCUAUCUCAACUCAACUACCCUUUAUCAUUAUAACCCCACUUGUGACUUGAAUCUGAAUCAUUCCCUGCAACUCACAGUUCUGAAACAUAAACUUUCUUAGACAUAUUCAGUUUCAGUUUCAGAAUGUCAGAGGUUUACACUGUCAAGGUUGAGGAAGGAAGGUCUGCUACAUCUGAUGGAAUGCUGCCAUCAGUAGGUCCUGUUUAUAGGUGCAUUUAUGCCAAAGAUGGUUUGUUGGAGUUGCCUUCUGGUUUAGACUCCCCAUGGGAUUUCUUCAGUGAUUCUGCUAAGAGGAACCCCAACAAUCCAAUGCUUGGAAAGAGACAAAAACUUGAUUCUAAGGUUGGACCCUAUUCAUGGCUCACAUAUAAAGAGGUCUAUGAUGCUGCCAUUCAAAUGGGUUCUGCCAUGAAGAGCUGUGGUGUCAAUCCUGGAGAUCAUUGUGGCAUAUAUGGGGCCAACUGUCCUGAAUGGGUCAUUGCAAUGGAGGCUUGCAAUAGCUCUGCAGUAACAUAUGUUCCAUUAUAUGACACUCUUGGUCCUAAUGCUGUGGAGUUUAUCAUAAACCAUGCUGAAGUUUCAAUUGCAUUUGUACAAGAAAAUAAGAUUCCAUCAAUUUUGUCAUGUCUUGAUCAGUGUUCUUCAAAUCUUAAAACUAUUGUGAGCUUUGGAAAUGUUUCAGCAGCACAAAAGAAAGAAGCUAAGGAAUUUGGCACAUCUUGCUUCUCCUGGGCAGAGUUUCUUCAGUUGGGAAGUUUGGAUUGGGAGCUACCACCAAAAAAGAAGACUGACGUAUGCACAAUAAUGUACACAAGUGGAACAACUGGAGAACCCAAAGGUGUCAUUAUUAAGAAUGAGGCUUUCAUGUGUGAAGUGUUGUCUGUUGACCAAAUACUUAUGUUAACAGACAGAGUGGCAGCAGAAGACGAUGUGUACUUCUCUUUUCUUCCUCUUGCUCAUGUAUAUGACCAAAUAAUGGAGACCUAUUGCAUCUCCAAAGGUUCCUCCAUAGGAUUUUGGCAAGGCGAUAUCAGGUUCUUGAUUGAAGAUGUUCAGACACUAAAACCAACUAUAUUUUGUGGUGUUCCUAGAGUUUUUGACCGUAUUUGUGCUGGUAUCAAAAGCAAAAUUUCAUCUGCUGGAUCACUGCAAAGUGCAUUGUUUCAAUAUGCAUACAACUAUAAGUUAAGUUAUCUGGAGAAGGGUAUUCCACAACACAAAGCAGCACCUUUCUUUGAUAGGCUUGUGUUUGAUAAGACAAAACAAGCACUAGGCGGACGCGUUCGCAUACUGUUAUCAGGAGCCGCUCCUUUGCCUAUACAUGUGGAGGAGUAUUUGAGAGUCACUAGUGGUUCCACAUUAUCACAAGGAUAUGGUCUUACUGAAAGUUGUGCUGGGUGUUUUACAGCGAUCGGCGAUGUGUUUUCUAUGAUGGGAACAGUUGGAGUUCCCAUGACAACCAUUGAGGCCAGGCUUGAAUCUAUACCUGAGAUGGGAUAUGAUGCACUUUCCAGUAAUCCCCGCGGCGAAAUUUGUCUGAGAGGAAAUUCAUUGUUCUCGGGCUAUCACAAGCGAAAAGAUCUUACUCAAGAGGUUAUGGUUGAUGGUUGGUUUCAUACAGGUGAUAUUGGAGAGUGGCAACCAAAUGGAGCCAUGAAAAUUAUUGAUAGGAAAAAGAAUAUAUUUAAAUUGUCUCAAGGAGAAUACAUUGCUGUAGAGAAUAUUGAAAGCAAGUAUUUGCAAUGCCCUCUUAUAACAACAAUUUGGGUAUAUGGAAACAGCUUUGAGUCAUUCUUAGUGGCUGUGGUGGUCCCUGACAAAAAGGCCAUUGAGGAUUGGGCAGUAGAGAACAAUUUGACUGGUGAUUUCAAAUCAUUAUGUGAAAAUCUAAAGGCAAGAAAGUACAUUUUGGAUGAGCUCAAAAGCACUGGUCAGAAACUCAAACUUAGAGGAUUUGAGAUGCUAAAAGCUAUUUAUCUGGAACCAAUUCCCUUUGACAUUGAGAGAGAUCUAGUAACUCCAACAUUCAAAUUGAAGAGACCUCAAUUACUCAAAUACUACAAGGAUCAAAUUGAUCAACUAUACAAGGAAGCAAAAGGAAAAAAGGCAUGAGCCAUAAGUCAAGUGGACAUUUGAUGCAAAAUCCAUUUGGUUUCAUGUACAUUGGAUUGUAUUGACUAAAGUGACAAUCUAUAAAUAUAGAAGCAGUAGUAGUCAUAUGUUAAAACUGCAACUCUGAAUGUCAUUCUUGUCAGUAUAAUUAAUAAGAUUAUUUCAGAAUUGUAUUGAAGCCAAAGUAUUCCAAUAAUAUUUCACUUCACAUUAA